AUGCAGAUCGAAGACGGUCGUUUGGCAGACCAGCACUUUAGUGAGAGCUCAGAGAUCAAGGCUGUCUGGCUUGAGGUAAGGCAUGCUAUCUGCGACUGUCUCUGAUGAUGAGUUCGAGUGGGAAUCCGAAACAUCAGGCCAAUACAUUUCUUGUUCCAGUGAUCACAUCUUUGUCUCCUGGCAUGCUACAGCGCUAGGAGAGGCGACCACCGGAUGGCCAAUUGUCCUCAAAUACGCCGUGCAUGUUCGCAGUUAAUGCUCAGCACAAACAAACCUGUUUGGCCAGCAGGGUCAUAGUAAAAUAAACGAGCCGUAGACCGAAGUUUCACGGUAAUCAUUAAUCGUCAGCGGUUCUCACUGACGACUGAGCUUGAGAUCUGGGCAUGACUGACCAAUGACGACAAGUAGAUCGGGAACGACCAUCCCAGCCCCCUUUUCUUUGCCGACAAGUUUUAUCUGUUUACGUGAGGGAGGCUUUCUCUGGUGUACAGAUCUGGCUCGCUCCCUUGGGCUUUGGAUUUCACCCCCCGAAGACCUUGGAUAACGAGCAGUAAUCGGGUAGAAUAAAUAUCGAUAAAGACAGGGGGGGUCGUGGCGGCGACUAGUAAGUCGGGAAUAGUCAUCCCCGUGUCUUCCAUCCUUACUGGCAAUUAUUCUGCACUUCUCUGUUCCCCUGCAAAGGUUUCGUCCGUUCGAUCUGAAAAUAAAACCAGCAUGAGAAGUUGCGCUCCAGAUAGUGGGGUGGGUUUUGGUGUUGGGCGUUAAAUAAGUUGUUUCAGAUCUCAGAACGGAGAGGAGCGUCUUUCAUAACUGGAGAAUGAGACAGGCUGGCAGUUCCUGAAUGGGACGAAAUGACGGGAUCUGUCCCACUCUGGCAUUCACUUGACCUCAAAUGUACCAACUACCGGAACACUUUGUUUAUCGUCCUGAGCUUUCAGACUCGUACAGGAGUCCAUCGUCAGAGGCAGUGGCAGCAACAGAGCAAGCGAUCGUUAUAAGGCAUGUAGGCCAAUCAUCGACCGCGGCGCAAGACUGGAGAUGACUACGCAGGGCUCUGAAGGCCGGCGCCAGAUCGAUAAAUCGAUUGAUUGAGUUCUCACCCGAGGCCCGGGCCUCAGUCAAUUCUCGGUCUGUUUUCUUUCCGGCGUGGGCAACUAUUUUGGUGGCUGUUAAGUUAAACUCAUGACCCGUUUCGUAGGUAUGGGCGGCCACUUGUGACAAUGCGUCACCUCGUCGCACAGCCAGCUUAUGUUCGUGUAUGCACGAUCCGAGCAUGCGCCCAGUCUGUCCUGUGUAGUUACAAGGACAAUUUUGACAGGGAAUACGAUACACUACUCCAGAUUUCUCUUCAGGCUUUAACCGGUCUUUCAGUUUCGUUCCUACCAACUACCUUAUUUAGCUCUCGAAUGUUUUCCACAUCAGCGGUUCAGGAGGCAUCUUAAAGCCUCACCACUGAAUUAACUUCGCUGUCUUACUCCUAGUCUAGAGCACAUCACAAUAAUAAUAAUAAUAAUAAUAAUAAUAAUAAUAAUGAUGAUGAUGAUGAUGAUGAUGAUGAUGAUGAUGAUGAUGAUGAUGAUGAUGAUGAUGAUGAUGAUGAUGAUGAUGAUGAUGAUGAUGAUGAUGAUGAUGAUGAUGAUGAUGAUGAUGAUGAUGAUGAUGAUGAUGAUGAUGAUGAUGAUGAUGGUAUUUGA